AUAUACACAUACACGUGCGCGCGUGAUUCAGUCGCCUAUCGUCCGUGUACCGAGCCUAUCGACGAUUGAGAUAUAUAUACCGGAGCCGCAGCGAACGCAUCAGCCAUGAAUCUCCCUCGCAUUCUUUUCCUUCUCCUAGUUGGCACCGUAACGGGAGGCUACGCUGCGAAGCGAAGCUCUAGACGGAGUAAAGUCGACAGCACGACAGCGACAACAACCACGACGACAACGACGACGACGACGACGACGGCUGCUCCGACCAGCACGACGGCGACUCCGACUCUAUCUACACCGCUCGCGACCGACGCCGGCUACACUACUGACGACGUUUACGUCACAACGGCCAGAUAUGAUGGUCGUUAUGAUGGCAGAGGAACGAAUUUGCGCGAUUGGCAGAGAAACAACCGCGCGGGCUUUAACAGUGAGGUGGCAAGCGGCAAGUCGGGUGCUAACGUCUUCGUCAACGGGUUCGAAGGUCUAAGACACGAAAGAGAAAUUCUGCAAUUACUUUCGCAUCUUGCAACCUCAGUGCAACACAUGUCGGAAAACUUGGCUGCCAUGGAGAACCAGGUGAAGUCGAUUAGCAAGCAGAGCCUGAUAGCGGAGUUGUCAGACAACCUUAUCCACGGCCUGGGAGUGCAAAUGUGCCUGCAGCCGAACGUGACUGGCUAUCCGCAGGACUGCUUUGACGUUGGGCGCUUCCAUAAGCACCCUCGCUCGGGCAUCUACAAAAUCAAGCCGAUGCUUAGCGACACGCCGUUUCAGGUGUACUGUGACUUGGACACAGAUGGUGGCGGCUGGACGGUCUUCCAGGUACGCAUGGAUGGUUCCGUGGACUUCUUUAGAGGCUGGGAUGCAUACAAAAACGGAUUUGGGCGUUUGAAUGGCGAAUUUUGGUUAGGUAAUGAUAAGAUUAGCCAACUAACGCAGUCUAAGCGGAUGGAACUGCGUAUAGACAUGGAAGACGCUGAUGGUAACUCACGCUACGCGGGCUACGACCAGUUUGCCGUCGCCUCCGAGGACGCCCUCUACCGGCUAAGCUUAGGCGCCUAUUUUGGAACUGCAGGUGACUCCUUGUCAAGACAUCGAAACAUGGCGUGGACUACGAAAGACAAGGAUAACGAUCUGUACUCGGGUAACUGCGCCGUGACGUGUCAUGGCGCCUGGUGGUACGAGAACUGCCACGACUCGAACCUAAACGGCGUCUUUCUUCUCGGACCGCACAAGACCUUUGCCGACGGCAUUAAUUGGCGAGCCUGGAAGGACUAUUACUAUUCACUGAGGCGAACCCUCAUGAAAGUGAGGCCGGUGGGAUACGUAAAUCCCUACUAAAUUCGCGAAGCGACGCACGUAUAUCGAAAAAUCCAUCUUAUUUGAGAUAACAUCACUAGACCUAUUAUUGUAGUUGUAGACUUCGUUGUUGAGACGAAUUCUUCGAGUAAUUUAACAAUAUUAGAGAUGUUUUAGGAUUUGAUAGAAUGUGUUUUUAUAUGAAUGUGGUAAUGCCUAGUUUUGUGGUGAGCACGGAUGAGAGCAAGAAGGGGAAGUGUAAACACAUGUACAUAAGAAAUUUUAUCAUUGCGUAAACUUGUGUGCAACUCCUUUGGCCAUUGUAACGCAUAGUAAUCUGUUCAGUUAGAAAUUUUAUACUUGAUGUAUAUGGUAUCAAGAGUAAACAAAAAUAAAUUUUAUAUACAAUAAACUCUACGGAAACAAUGACAUUAUGAGAGAUGGAACUGAACGAAAACA